UCCCCCUGUUGAACGGGAAACACAGGCAGGCUGUGAGGCUUGGACGGCCCUUUGGACGCCGAAGCGGGGAGGGGGCUGGAAGAAAGCUGCUGCGGAUAUCCGUCUUUAAAUUACCUGCCACAAACAAACCCCCCAACCCCCCAAAAAGGGGGGUCUUCGCGUUCGCCUGGUUUCUUUUUUUCCAGUCCCUUCCCUACUUACGUUUUUUCUCUCUCUCUCUCUGAAAAGAGUCUGGUUUCGUAACGAGCUGCUGCUACCAGCGCGGAGGAGAAAAGAGGGGGAAAAGAUCUUUUUUUUUCCUCCCAGAGAUGCGGAUUUAAAGGAGAGACGUUAUCAGUGCCACCUGGGAAAUUUGUAACCGUCACAUUUGAAAUUAGCGUAGCCGCGCGCGUGCUAGAAGACGACGACGUAUUUAUGUGUAUUUGUUGUUUUUUGUUUCUUUCAUUCCCGUUGAACUCUCCUAUACAGUGACGUUACAGAAAAAUACCUUCUUUUUCUUUCUUUUUUUUUUUUACAAGAGGACGGAGAAAUAAAGAGAUUGAAUGUGUUUUCCCCAAGCCUCGACACCAUGAGCACAAUCUCACCAACAGAUUUUGACAGCUUGGAGAUCCAGCAGCAAUACAAUGACAUCAACAAUCGCUGGGACCUGGCGGCAGAGACAGACUGGGACAAUGAGAACAGUUCGGCACGUCUCUUCGAACGCUCUCGCAUUAAAGCGCUCGCAGAUGAGCGUGAAGCCGUGCAGAAGAAAACAUUCACCAAAUGGGUAAACUCUCACUUGGGUCGAGUGACUUGUCGCAUUGGUGACUUGUACACAGACCUGCGGGAUGGCCGCAUGUUAAUCCGCCUUCUGGAAGUCCUCUCAGGAGAACAACUGCCAAAACCCACUAAGGGCCGCAUGCGUAUCCACUGCCUCGAGAAUGUUGACAAAGCUCUGCAGUUUCUCAAGGAGCAAAAGGUCCAUCUAGAAAACAUGGGAUCCCAUGACAUAGUGGAUGGAAAUCACCGUCUCACCUUAGGCCUCAUAUGGACUAUAAUCCUCCGCUUUCAGAUCCAAGACAUCAGUGUGGAAACGGAAGACAACAAAGAGAAAAAGUCAGCCAAAGAUGCCCUUCUGCUUUGGUGCCAAAUGAAAACAGCAGGAUAUCCUAAUGUCAACAUCCACAACUUCACUACCAGCUGGAGAGAUGGUCUGGCGUUCAAUGCCAUCGUGCACAAACACAGGCCUGACUUGAUUGAGUUUGACAACCUGAAAAGGUCCAAUGCUCACUACAAUCUCCAGAACGCUUUUAAUGUGGCUGAGAAGGAAAUGGGCCUCACUAAACUAUUGGACCCAGAGGAUGUCAAUGUUGAUCAGCCAGAUGAGAAGUCAAUCAUCACUUAUGUGGCGACCUAUUACCAUUACUUCUCUAAGAUGAAAGCUCUGGCAGUGGAGGGAAAACGAAUUGGAAAGGUACUUGAUUACGCCAUUGAGGCUGACCAACUGAUAGAGAAGUACGAGACCCUGGCAUCAGAGCUGCUGCAAUGGAUUGAACAGACCAUACUGACGCUUAAUGAUCGGCAGCUGGCUAACUCUCUGAGUGCUGUUCAGAACCAGCUUCAGGCCUUCAACUCUUACCGGACUGUGGAGAAACCCCCUAAAUUUACAGAAAAGGGAAACCUGGAGGUCCUUCUCUUUACCAUCCAAAGCAAAAUGAGAGCAAAUAAUCAGAAAGUUUACAUGCCAAAAGAAGGCAAACUCAUCUCUGAUAUAAAUAAGGCUUGGGAACGACUGGAAAAGGCUGAACAUGAGCGUGAGCUUGCACUAAGAAACGAGUUGAUUCGCCAAGAAAAACUGGAGAUGCUGGCGGCUCGCUUUGACAGAAAAGCAGCAAUGAGGGAGACGUGGCUGAGUGAGAACCAGAGAUUAGUGUCUCAGGAUAAUUUUGGGACUGAUUUGGGAGCAGUAGAAGCUGCCACCCGUAAACACGAAGCAAUUGAGACAGACAUUGGUGCAUACUGGGAGCGGGUUGCUGCUGUGGAGGCUGUUGCCAAAGAACUGGAAGCAGAGAAAUAUCACGAUGUUCGUCGCAUACUGGCACGACGGGAUAACGUCCUUCGACUUUGGGAAUACCUCAAGGAACUUCUGGCGUCCCGCAGGGAGCGUCUGAACUCCCAUAAAGACCUACAAAGAUUGUUUCAAGAGAUGCGUUACAUUAUGGACUGGAUGGCCGACGAAAAGGGUCGCUUGCAGUCCCAGGAUAGUGGCAAACAUUUGCAUGACGUGUUAGAUCUUCUGCAAAAACACAAUUUGGUGGAGGCUGACAUUUCAGCUCAAGCAGAGAGGAUAAAAGCGGUGCAAGGGGCCGCCAAACGUUUCACCUCCUAUGACCAGGCUUACAAACCCUGUGAACCUGGACUUGUUAGUGAGAAGGUCGAUUUGCUGGGUCAAGCUUAUGAGGAGCUUGGCCAGCUUGCGGCGACGCGUCGAGAGCGUUUGGAGGAUUCACGUCGACUCUGGCAGUUCAUGUGGGAUCUUGGUGAGGAGGCGGCCUGGAUCAGGGAGCAGGAGCAGAUUCUGGCCAGUGGGGACAGUGGCCGGGACCUCUCUUCUGCCCUUCACCUACUGAGUAAGCAUGAGGCCUUCAGGGACGAGAUGGCCGCCCGCUAUGGCCCCCUUAGCAACAGCAUCGCUGCCGGAGAAGCUUUGGUGGAAGAGGGACAUUUUGGAGCCCCGGAAAUCACGGAGAGGAUCCAAGAUAUCCGUGGACAGUGGGCUCAUCUGGAGGAGACAACAAAGCUCAGAGAGCAGAGUCUGAAGGAGUCUGUGGCUCUGCACCAGUUUCAAAAUGAUGCCAACGACAUGGAGGCCUGGAUUAUGGAGACGCUUAGACAAGUGUCCAGUCAAGAGGUUGGCCACGACGAGUUCUCCACCCAAACUUUAGCUCGCAAGCAGAGAGAAAUUGAAGAGGAGAUCCAAAGCCACCGCCCCCUCAUUGACUCGCUCCAUGAGCAGGCCCAAGCACUGCCAGAGGCAUAUCUUCAUUUCCCUGAAGUGGAGGGACGUCUUCCUGCUAUUGAGCAGCGCUAUGAAGAGCUGGAGUCUCUGUCAGCAGCUCGGCGACAGGCUCUGGAAGGCGCACUGGCACUUUAUCGCAUGUUCAGCGAAGCCGACGCCUGCCAGCUGUGGGUGGAAGAGAAGGAGCAGUGGCUGGACAGCAUGGAGAUCCCCACCAAGCUGGAAGACCUGGAGGUUGUGCAGCAGAGGUUUGACACCCUUGAGCCUGAGAUGAACAACCUGAGUACUCGGGUCACUGAUGUGAAGCAAGUGGCUGAGCAGCUGCUGAGCUCAGACAACUGCAGCAAAGACCAAAUCCACCAGACAAGAGACCAGCUAAACAACAGAUGGAAAGAGUUCGAGAAGCUGGCUGGCCAAAAGAAACAAGCCCUGGAAUCUGCUCUGAACAUCCAGAACUACCACCUGGAGUGUAAUGAGAGCCAGACGUGGAUGAAGGAAAAAACCAAAGUGAUUGAAUCCACGCAGAGCUUGGGCAACGACCUGGCUGGAGUGAUGGCACUUCAACGCAAGUUAACUGGCAUGGAGAGGGAUCUCGAGGCCAUUCAGGGUAAGUUGGAUGAUUUGACAAAGGAGGCAGAAAAACUCGCCAGUGAACAUCCAGAUCAAGCUGGAGAAAUCCAAGGUCGCCUGGCUGAGAUUCAGGAGGUGUGGGAGGAGUUGAAUGCCACCAUGAAGCGACGGGAGGAGUCACUGGGAGAAGCCAGCAAACUUCAGGGCUUCCUCAGGGACCUGGAUGAUUUCCAGUCCUGGCUGUCCCGCACACAGACCGCAGUGGCCUCAGAAGACAUCCCCACUUCCCUGCCUGAGGCCGAGAGUUUACUCGCCCAGCAUGAGAGCAUCAAGAACGAAGUUGACAACUACAAGGAGGAUUAUGAGAAGAUGCGAGCGGUUGGCGAGGAAGUGACCCAAGGUCAGACGGACGCCCAGCACAUGUUCUUGGCCCAGAGGCUUCAGGCGCUGGACACUGGGUGGCAUGAGCUGCGACGCAUGUGGGAGAACCGCCACAGUCUUCUGGCCCAGGCCUUUGAUUUCCAGACUUUCCUUAGAGAUGCCAAGCAAGCUGAAGCUUUUCUCAACAGCCAGGAGUAUGUGUUGUCCCACACAGAGAUGCCCACCAAUCUUCAGGCUGCAGAGGAGGCCAUUAAGAAGCACGAGGAUUUCCUCACCACCACAGAGGCCAGCGAGGAGAAGAUAACGGGUGUGGUGGAGGCUGGUCUGCGCCUUAUUAAUGACUCCAAUGCAAAUGCAGAUAAAAUUCAAGAAAAAGUUGAUUCAAUCCAGGAAAGACAUUGUAAAAAUAAGGAGGCUGCAAAUGAACUGCUUUCAAAACUUAAGGAUAACUGUGAACUUCAGCGCUUCCUGCAAGAUGGGCAGGAGCUAACUUUGUGGAUCAAUGAGAAGAUGCUAACAGCACAGGACAUGACUUAUGAUGAAGCUCGAAAUCUUCACAGCAAAUGGCAGAAACACCAGGCCUUCAUGGCAGAGCUGGCCUCCAAUAAAGACUGGCUGGAUAAGAUUGACAAGGAGGGUCAAGUGCUGGUGGCGGAGAAGCCUGAGCUGAAGCCGGUGGUUCAGCAGACGUUGGAGGACCUGCAGCGUCAGUGGGAGGAGCUGGAGAACACGACCCGGACCAAAGACCAGUGCUUGUUUGAAGCCCACAGAGCGGAGAUAUUUACUCAGAGCUGCUCCGCUCUGGAUGACUGGCUGAAAAACAUUGAGACACAGCUGCACAGUGACGACUAUGGAAAAGAUUUGACCAGCGUCAACAUCCUCCUUAAAAAGCACCAGAUGCUGGAGCAUCAGAUGGAGGUCCGAGAGAAAGAGGUGCAGUCCCUACAAAGUCAGGCUGUUGCUCUGUCCCAGGAGGAUGCAGGGUUGGCUGAGGUAGACGGGCAGCAGAAGAGAGUCAUUGACAGUUUUUCUAGCCUCAAAGACCCUCUUGACCUGAGGAGACAGCAGCUGCUGGCCUCUAAAGAAGCACAUCAGUUCAACAGAGACUUGGAAGAUGAAAUUCUUUGGGUAAAAGAACGAAUGCCUCUGGCAACUUCCACGGAUCAUGGAAAAGACUUGCCAACUGUGCAGCUGUUAAUCAAAAAGAACCAGACGUUGCAGAAAGAGAUCCAGGGCCACCAGCCUCGCAUUGAUGACAUCCACCGUCGAGGCGAGGCUCAGAGCCAGGUGGACGGCGACAGGCAGUCGCUGCUGAAGGAACGCCUCGUUGAGCUCAGGGAUCUCUGGGACCAGCUGAUCGCAGAGACGGACAAGCGUCAUGACCGUCUGAUAGAGGCCAAUCGCGCACAGCAGUUCUAUGCUGAUGCAGCAGAAGCAGAAGCCUGGAUGGGGGAGCAGGAGCUGCACAUGAUGUCAGAGGAAAAAGCAAAGGAUGAGCAAAGUGCUCUGGCAAUGGUCAAGAAACACCAGGUCCUAGAACAGGCCCUGGAGGACUACGCCCAGACCAUCCACCAGCUGGCCAACAGCAGUCGUCUCAUGGUCACCAGCGAGCACCCAGAGAGUGAAAGAAUCACCUUGCGACAAGCCCAGGUAGACAAGCUGUACGCCGGCCUCAAAGACCUGGCGGAGGAGCGCCGUGGGCGUCUUCAGGAACGGCUUCGGCUGACCCAGCUGAAGCGAGAGGUAGAUGACUUGGAGCAAUGGAUCGCUGAGAGGGAAGUGGUUGCCGGCUCCCACGAACUGGGACAAGACUAUGAACAUGUCACAAUGCUGAGGGACAAGUUUCGUGAGUUUGCUCGUGACACCAGCACCAUCGGCCAGGAGCGUGUAGACGGCGUGAACGCGUUAGCAGAUGACCUCAUCGAGUCCGGUCACCCUGAGAACGCCAGCGUGGCAGAAUGGAAGGAUGGUCUAAAUGAGGCCUGGGCUGACCUGCUAGAGCUUAUCGACACACGCACGCAAAUGUUAGCCGCCUCCUAUGAGCUGCACCGGUUCCAUCAAGAUGCCAUGGAGGUGCUCGGACGCAUCAAGGAGAAGAAGGAGGCGGUGCCUUCAGACCUUGGCCGGGAUCUAAACACGGUCCAGCAUCUCCACAGACAGCACAACACUUUUGAAAAUGACAUCCAGGCCCUCAGCGGACAAGUGAACCAGGUGCAGGAUGAUGCAGCACGUCUGCAGAAGGCUUAUGCUGGUGAAAAAGCAGAUGACAUUCAAAAGAGUGAAACGGCCGUGACGAUGGCCUGGCAGGGGCUGCUGGAGGCCGGCAAAGCCCGCAGGCUCCUCCUGCUGGACACAGUGGAGAAGUUCCGCUUCUUCAACAUGGUGCGAGACCUCAUGCUCUGGAUGGACGGCAUCAACGUGCAGAUCGACGCACAUGAAAGUCCGAGGGAUGUAUCAUCUGCUGAGUUGGUCAUUGUCAAUCAUAAGGGCAUCAAAUCGGAGAUUGAGACCAGAGCAGACAGCUUCACUGCCUGUACCAAAAUGGGAAAUGACCUCAUCAAUAAGAACCAUUACGCAUCUGACGAGAUCCGAGAGAAAAUGGCUCAACUCCAGGAAAAAAGAGAUAAGAUCAACAGCAAGUGGCAGGAGAAGAUGGACCAUUUACAAAUUGUGCUGGAGGUGCUGCAGUUUGGACGAGACGCCAACGUGGCAGAGUCAUGGCUGGCAGGGCAAGAACCUCUUGUCCGAGCGGCAGAGCUUGGUGCCAAUGUUGACGAGGUUGAGAGCCUCAUAAAGCGCCACGAAGCCUUCGAGAAACUGGCUGCAGCCUGGGAAGAACGCUUUGUGCAGCUCGAAAAACUUACCACACUGGAGGAGCAUGAGAUGCAGAGGAGGCGAGAAGAAGAAGAGAGAGCACGGCGACCUCCUACUCCUCUGCCUGAAGAGGUGGUGCCGUCUGAGCCAGAGAGUCAGCCACAUGAUUCAGCAGCCAGAACAAGUCUGGACCAGACGACACUCAAUCAAUUGGUGUCAGUAAAUGGAGUGCACAGCGAUAACGACACGUCUCAGCAGUCGUUAUCGCUGCCGUUGUCAGUGGGAAAGAAAUCAGAGCCUAAACGUGUGUGUAAGCCCAAACAGCAGGAGCGUGGCUCAGAGUCCGAUUCCGUUAACGGACCCGGUAGAGACAGCGGCCUGGCGUCCUCUCGCCUCGAGCCGUCUGCCACGUUACCGAGCAGAGGCGGUGCCGACUCCGAGCCAGAAGCCAUGGAGGGCAUCCUCUGCCGAAAACAGGAAAUGGAGUCCCACAACAAAAAGGCAGCUACCAGAUCGUGGCAGAACGUGUACUGCGUUCUUAGAAAAGGAAGUCUGGGUUUCUAUAAAGACAGCAAGAGUGCCAGUAAUGGCAUUCCAUACCAUGGAGAGGUUCCCAUUGGGCUGGAUGGCUCUGUGUGUGAAGUAGCCCACGACUAUAAAAAGAGGAAACACGUAUUCAAGCUCAGGCUAGCAGAUGGGAAAGAGUAUCUGUUCCAAGCCAAGGAUGAGGCGGAAAUGAGUUCCUGGAUUCAGUCCAUCGCUGGCUCCAUGCCAUCGGGAUCAGGGGACUCGCCGGGAGCGCCCCGACUCAGCCGCGCCAUGACGAUGCCCCCCAUCUCGCCAAGCUCAGGAGAAGGUGUAACCAUGCGCAACAAAGAGGGAAAAGAGAAGGAUCGUGAGAAGAGAUUCAGCUUCUUUGGCAAGAAGAAAUAGGACAUUUGUAAAUGGAAACAUCCAAAAUCGAAAAAAUUCCACAGACUGAGGCAGGCGGACAGAAAGGUACACACAGGUCAGACAGACGCACUGCUCUCCAUGCGGGACCCGAGGAAUUGCCACCACAUCUGUCACUUGGGACUCUUCAAAUUUUUUUUGACUUCCUUUUCUGUUUGUUUCCCUCAGUGUUUUAAUCUCUUGUUUACUUUAUUUUCUCCCGAUCUGUACUUGCUAUUCACAUUUAUCCCCCAGACUAGCGUCAGACAAGUUUGUUGGUCUGAGUCGGUAACAUCAGCUGAAUUGAACAGGUCAGACGACUGAAGCGGCUCGUCCUCUGCAGGAAUCGUCUCACAGUGACACCUAGUGGACGGAGUCUCCAGGAAACCUGCGGAUCGUGGGUUUUUUUCCCCACUCCUCACAAGCCUUCUCUUUUGGGGGCGAUAACAUCCGUUUGUUUUUAUGUUGAUGUUAGUAACUUGAUUAAUAUUAUUAUUAAUAUUUAUCUUUUGCAAUGUAUGGUUUGAGAAGAAAACUAAUUAAUGACCUUGAUUUAUGUUGUGGAGAGAAACAAAUUUGGUUCAACUAGUGGAGAAUGUUGGUCUUGCCCUUGUAUUUUUUUCUCUUUAGGAAAGAUCAUUUAUGAGGUGUUUUGCAACAAAAAUAAAGCUCGAGUUUUAGCCGUGUGCGUUAAAUGAUCACAGGUACACUGGGAAAAUCAUAUAUACAUAUAUUUAAUUAGUGGUCUCAUAAUUCUUUUUUCUUGUUUAUCUCCCGAUUUUGCCUGCAUUUGAUGAUUUCUUUUGAGUGAUCUUUUCUGCUUGAUUUUUAACUUUGUUUUUUUUCUUCAUAAAGCAGACUAGUUUUCUAGUGUGAGCGUGUGUGAGUUGUGGUGCUGUGGAUUUUGCAUGUUUAUUUGUUCCUAAUUAAAUACAGUCAGAUGGAUGUCGCUUUUCGAAAACCAGACACAAGCAAAGUAUCACUGGAGUAAUUUUCUGAAAAUUUUUACUUUUCCUUUUGCUUUAUAGUACCAGUAACAUUCCUCUAGACAUUAUUUUUCUCCUCUUCGUUUUAGUCUCCUAAACUAUUUUCCGUUUUUUUUUUUUUUUUUUCUUUUUUUUUGGGUCUGAAAUGAAAGCUUUGGGGACAGUUUGCAGACGAGAAGCUGAAGCACAUUUUGUGGCGGCAGACUGCGGUGAGGAGAGCAGGACUGAAGGACAGACUUUGCCAAGCGAGGGGAAUGGAAGUGAGACAGGAAGGGCAUUGAUGAAGACGCUUUAGGUGCUCUCUUACAACCAUACAUGAGCCUGACCUUUACUUGAACACACUACAUUUAUUCUGAUCCCUUUUUACAAACACACCCUUCAUUCGAAACAGUCUUAAAGUUUUCUUAGUACAAAGAAGUGAAUGUUAACCAUGUGCCCUGUGGCAAUGACCUAAUGUAUGUUAGUGGAUUAUUAGUCUAGAUACAAUGAUGGCGACCAUGCGAAGCUCUGCUUACAAGCAGCCAAGUUACUGAGGAAAACAGUCUGCAGUUAGUUUAAUAAGCCGUUUUGCUAUUUUGUUUUAAUCUGAAUAUAUGGCAUGACAAUGUGGGAUGAUUAUUGUACGUGUCUGAACAUCACCACCUACUUUAUAUGUUAAUUUAUUCUGGAAACAGCUUUUAAUCAGGACCAGACGUAACGAUUAGAUGUAAUUUGGCAGAAACUCACUCUAGCAGAGCAAAUGUAUGCAAAUACUAGGUGAUAGUUUCCUCAGAUAUUGUUUAUGAAAAGGACCUUUACAGGAUGUAGACAUUAGUACAAAUUUACACAAUAGUUCAUUGCUGCACCUGAUCUUGCAUAAAACCAAGUAAACAGUAUAAGACGUUAGCUGCAAUUUGUGUUUUUUUUUUUUAACAGUAUACACAAUGUUCCAAAUUAUUAUACAAAUUGGAUUCAAGUGUCAUAAAGAUCACAUUUUUUGUUGUGCUACUAAAUUUAUAGAUGGUAUUGUGUGUCAGGGCUCUUUGAAUCACUAUAAUUAAUUUCAGAAAGCUGGUUGAUUAGUUUGUCUGGUGAGCUCAAUUAAAGAAAAUCUACUUAAGAAGGAUGUUCCACAUUAUUAAGCAGGCCACAGGUUUCAAGCAAUGUGGGAAAGAGAAAGGAUCUGCUGACGAAAAUCAUCAGAUAGUGUAGAACCGUAUGAAAACAUUAGAUAUGUAACAAAAACUGAAGCUUUAUCAUCGUACUGUGAAGAGAUUUGUGGCUGAUUCAGAACAAAUAUGGGUUUGUACAGAUAAAGGCAUAAUGAGGAAGGUUUCUGUUUGACAAAUUCAUUGAAUUAAGAAGGCCGCUGUUAAAAUGCCCUUACAAAGUUAUUUGAAACAUCCACCUUGAGGUUGCCUCUGGAACCUCAAGGUGGAGGAUCCUUCAGAGGCUUGUGGUGCAUGAACCGACUAUUGGGCUCCUAACCAGAGCUCACAAGCAGAAACUGUCGCAUUGGGCCCAGCCGUACAUGAAGAUUAAUUUUCAAACAGACUUGUUCACUGAUGAUGGACGCAGUAGUGAUUGGUGGUGGAUGGGCACUACGUCCCAACACAGCUGUGAUGUCAGCAAGGAGGUGGUGGAGUCAUUUUUUGGUCCAAAAUCAUGGAGAGAGAGAGAGCUGGUCAGUCCUCUCUCCAUGAAGGUGUAAAAAUGACCUCAGCAAAGUAGAUGGACUUUCUGAUUGAUCACUUUCUUUCAUGGUUCAAAAAGAAGAUCCGUACCUUCAGUAGCAAAAUCACGCAUGGCAAUGCACCAUCUCAUGCUGAGGAAUACCACUGUGUCAUUGGCUGCUAUAGGCACAAAAAGGGAGAAACUCAUGGUGUGGUCACCAUCCUCUGACCUCAACCCUAUUGAGAACCUUUGGAGUUUCCUCAAGUAGUAGAUCUGAGGGUGGAAUGCAGAUCACAGCAAAACAGCAGCUCUAGGAAAGUAUUCUGACAUCCUGCAGAGAAAUUCAAGCAGAAACUUUCCGUAAACUCACAAGUUCAAUGGAUGCAAGAAUUGUGCAAGUGAUCUCAAAGAAGGGCUCCUAUGCUAACAUGUAACUGUCUGUUAAGAUGUUUUUGUUUGAAAUAGCUUUUGAUUUUAGUACAUGUCCACUUAAUGCCGCACAUUCAAAGAAUGACCGUUUACAGUUCAUUAUAAUCCAUAAAAUUUUUAGAAAAUCUGUUGUGCAUAAUAAUUUGGAACAGUGCAUUUUGAGUUUUUUAUUUUUGAAAACAUGCUGUUCUCAUGGGGAGCUUUGUUCAGUAAAAUUUUAUUUAUACUGCAAUAGUUCAUGACUUAAAAAUUAUACUGACCAUUUGCAUUGACCAUUUAAGAAAAUAUCACUUGCAUAAUAAUUUGGAACACAGUAUAUGUACCCCUACAACUCUGGUAUUUGAGUGGCAUGACUUGUAAAAGUGUUUACCUAUAUGGAUGUCGCACCUCGGCAUGGGCUGGUAAUUUUAAUCAGAAUUAAAAAUACCACAUAAUUUCAGCCAACAUUUAAAACAAGCAUAUGUAAUGUCUUAUUGUUAGUAGUUUUCAAGUGCUUACUGUGCAGAAUAUUACAGUUUUUGUAACUGUUAUUUGGUUUUUAUAUAGCAAUAUGAGGUAUUCGCUAGUUAAUUAGUCUGGUUACCUGCUCUGGUAGCUAGCCUGCAGUUGGCUGCUUAACAGACAUGCUGCUCAAUUUUUUAAAAGGUUCCUUUUCACACCAUUACUGUUUCGCAGGUAGGGUUAUUUUCAAAAAUCCUUUUUGUUUUUUGUAAACAAGAGGAAGGUGUUGGAGAUUAUAUUUUUUUUUCUGUUUGAUGCAUCUUGAGACUGCUAAUCGCCCCAGGCCUAGUUUAUCUGAACUGCAGGCUGGUCGCACAAAUCAGCUCAAAAGGGAUGCUGGUCAUUUUGUCAAGAGUAGAUUUUAUGGUGAUUUGUCCCAAUCAUUAAUAAAGAUAAUUGGUAUGACAUGGAAUGACAUGUAGGUACAAAGUGGGGGUACAAAAUGGCGACGAAACAACUUUCACCUUUUAAACCGAAUGGUUUUCUUUUUCUUGUCCAAACCAGGACUAUUUAGAUGAAGGAAAUCCUUCUGAACGCAGAUUGCUUAAGAGCAGGCAGCCCCAACUUUAUAAAGCACACCUGUUUCUGUCUGUAGGACUGAAUAUACCAGACAUGGCUCAGAGCUUCUAGUUUCUGAAAUUAAGCCACAAUCAAAGAACUACACAACAUGCAUUACGUGAGCCAACGCAAUUGGCACAAAUUGGAAGAGAGGCGUUGAUCCUCCUUGGUGGACAAGCUGGUGUGACUCCCAGUGCUACCCGUUCUCCCAACGUUUAAUACCAGAUCCGACUGAUGCUGCCGAGCUCCAGCUCAGAGGUCACACAGUCUAUUUUCAUACUGGCUCGUUUGAAUGUGAAUGAACUCAACUGAAUUUGGCCAAAUUGGUCAAGUGAAGCUUAACUCAUACUUGACAUACUGUACACAGGCUCUGUAUCACGUAUACUCACAUUGAUACCACUUUGGUACUCCAGUCUUGUGGGAAUGUCCUCAACUGGCUAUGAUUUGAUGUUGCAUAUUGCAUCCUUUCUAAAACAAUAUAACUUUGUGCUACUGGUGAGCUUUGACCAGAACUUAAGAAGUAUGCAUUAUUGAUGUCAAGCAGGUUUUUGGAUCGAAGAGUGCUGGUAUCGAUGAAGAAAAGCAGCUUUUACAUGUUAAGUAUUAGAUGUGGUUAAAUAUAGACUGCUGACAGUUUGAGCUUCCUCUUUCAGAAGAAUGCUGAAUAUUUGCUGUCCAAUGGGAGCUUGUAUUUUUUUCAUCCAGUGGUCUGUCUUGCAGCAUUUGAUAACCCUUUUCUUCUCUCAUUUCUCAGUACCUUUGACAAAUGUCUGUUCCUUCCUCUGUAAUUCAGAGUUGUUAAUACCAGUACUUGUAUUAAUUGCUCUUAUGACCAUUAUUGCUACUGUUGUUACUAUUACUACUACUGUUACUAAUGCAACUUAUUGCAAAAAGUACAACUGCUGUCCCAUUUUUUUUCAGGUAUGUGUCUGUAAUGCCAGACUCUUCCACACGAUGUCAGUGUGCUGUGGAGCAUUUUCAUUACAAAUCAAAAAUACUGUUUGUUGACUUGUGUAUCUACAUCUAAUAUUAGGAAUAAUAAAACGGUUUAAUCAA